CAUACCUUCACAUUCAUACCACCGCCUAUUAACUCCUUAGUAUUAUUCUCUCUCUCUCUCUCUACACCAUUGUUCAUUUCUCUCUCUAUAAAUUCUCUUCAUCUCCCUCUGUUAACUCCUCUCUCUCUCUCUCAUGGAGCAACCCAAUGUCUUCACGAUUCUUGGGUUGUUUUUCCUGCUGAAUUCGGCAACUUUAGGAGGAUUGGGGUCUGAAUCCCGACCAAGGGGCCACCACCCAUGGCUUAAACCGCUCGGGAAACGCACGAUUACAGUCGAUUGCCAAGGCUUCGGCGACUUUCUAACUGUUCAAGCAGCCAUUGAUUCAAUCCCUGAGGGCAACACAGAGAAUGUCACCAUUCAAAUUGGUGCUGGGUAUUACGUAGAGAAGGUAGUGGUGCCUGCAAGUAAAGCUUUCAUAACGCUUCAAGGGGCGGGGCGUGAUGUUACGGUUAUCGAAUGGCACAACCGAGCAAGUGAUCUCGGCCCAACGGGCCAGCAACUACGAACUUAUAACACUGCUUCUGUUACUGUCUUCUCUAACCAUUUCACAGCUAGAAAUAUGAGCUUUAAGAAUACGGCUCCGGCCCCAAUGCCAGGGAUGGAAGGGUGGCAGGCGGCCGCAUUCCGGAUAUCGGGAGACAAGGCUCUGUUUGUGGGGUGCGGAUUCUAUGGGGCACAGGACACACUCUGUGACGAUGCGGGGCGGCAUUACUUGAAGGACUGUUACAUCGAGGGAUCCAUCGACUUCAUCUUCGGCAACGGCAGGUCCAUGUACAAAGAUUGCGAAAUACAUUCUAUUGCAACCAAGUUCGGGUCUAUAGCUGCACAAGCCCGGCAAUCUCCACUUGAGAAGACAGGAUUUGCAUUCGUGAAUUGUAAGGUAACCGGAACUGGGCCGCUAUACGUUGGUCGCGCUUUAGGCCAGUACUCGAGAGUCGUCUUUGCGUACACAUACUUCGACGACAUUGUCUCCAACGAAGGAUGGGAUGAUUGGGAUCAUAGAAGCAACCAGAGAAAGGAAGCAUUUUUUGGAGUUUAUAGAUGCUGGGGCCCUGGUGCUGGUUCAGCAAGAGGGGUGUCAUGGGCAAGAGAGCUUGACUUCAUGUCUGCAAAGCCUUUUCUUGUCAAGAGUUUUGUCAAUGGCAGGCACUGGAUUUCCCCAUCAGAUGUGUGAUAAGAUUUAACUUUUAGUUAUUUAUAGUAUCAUUUAUUCAUUUUAUUGAUUUAUUUUUAACACUUGGUUGGUUCCUUGUAAUUAUUAAAGGAAAUUGUAUGAGAUAUACCCCUUAUUUUUUUGAACAGUUAAUCACUAUUUUAUUAAUUAGGCUGAUUUAAAUUUGAGUAAUUGUAAACAAUAAGUUGACCAUUAGCGGUCUUGGAGAUACCCUCCUUGACCAUCUAU